UUUGAUAAUUCUUAUAUGUCAAAUUAUUAAAAUCGAUAACACAUUAUUAUUAUUUCGAUAAUUUAUGGUCUCUUUUCGUGUGGACCUCAAGAGAAAUGGCUGCACAUAAAACAUUUAAAAUUAAGCAAAAGCUUGCUAAGAAAUUAAAGCAAAAUAGAUCUGUUCCACAGUGGGUUCGCCUACGUACUGGAAACACCAUCAGAUACAAUGCUAAGCGCCGUCACUGGAGACGUACCAAGUUGAAGUUGUAAAUAUUUCACUUACAACGGUUCCAGACUUUAAAACUACAAAUGAUGGAUGUAAUCUGUACUUUUAGUAAAUAAAACAAACUGAAAAUAACA